GGAGACAAAAACGUAAACCAUUUGAUGUAACAAAAAGAAAAUUUAAUAAUAGUAUUAAAGAAGUUGUAACAAAUAAUACUAACAAAUCAAAAAAUGUUUCAUCAAUUUUAAAAUUGGUUUUGGUGGGUUAGGUAGUAUAAUAGGAACAUGCAUAAUAAAAUCUUACGCUUCAACUGUUGAAGGCAAAGCAUAUAAAGUUCAGGAAAAUAUUAAAAGGGAUAAUAAGGAAUUAACCUUUAAAUGGAAAAAAUUUUUAGAAUAUUUAUAUCCAUAUAUUUGGCAAUUAAUAAUAGCUUUAUCAAGUGCAAUGAUUGUUGCUAUAUUAAAUAUUUGGAUACCACAGAAUAUAGGAAAUGUAAUAAAUGUAUUAACAAAAAUUUGCCAAAGUAAAGAAGAUACUGUGAAAACUGUGCUAUUGCAAUUGACAACACCUGCAUUUGCAUUAGCACGUAUGUAUAUUGCACAAGCAUUUUUUACAUUUGUUUAUAUUUAUAUGCUUUCAUAUGUAGGAGAAAAAAUAGCAAUGAAUUUAAGACAAAACUUAUUUAAAUCAAUUAUGAUGCAAGAUAUCACAUUCUUUGAUAAAAAUCGUAGUGGUGAAAUAGUAAGUCGAUUAACAAGUGAUAUUCAAGAUUUUAAAAGUACUUUUAAAACUUGCAUAUCACAAGGUUUAAGGAGUAUUACACAAAUUAUUGGGUGUAUAGUUUCUGUAAUAGGGAUUUCACCACAACUGGCUGCGGCUACAGUGUUAUCAUUGCCUACCAUAAUUCUUAUUGGUACAAUGCUUGGAAAAGGCUUAAAAAAAUUAUCUAUGGAAGCACAAAAUCAACUUGCUAAAUCUACACAUGUUUGUGAGGAGGCCAUACAAAAUAUUAGAACGGUAAAAGCAUUUGCAGCUGAAGAAAAAGAAAUAGAAAUGUUUUGUAAGGAAACUAUAUUAGGAUCAACAUUAUUUGAAAAAUUAGGUUUAGGAAUUGGUUUAUUUCAAGGAGGAACAAAUCUGUUUCUUAAUGGUAUUUUACUUUGUACUUUAUAUUUCGGUGGACAUUUAUUAUCCACUGGACAAUUAUCUCCAGGAGAUUUAAUGGCAUUUUUAAUGGCUACACAGACUAUACAAAAAUCUUUAUCGCAAUUAUCGUUGUUAUUUGGAGCAUAUGUUAAAGGUAUUAGUGCUGGUGCUAGAAUUUUUGAGUAUCUAGAAAUGUCACCUUCACCAAUGAUAGUUAGUGGAGAAAUUAUUACAAAUCAAUCAUUAGCGGGAAAUAUUACUUUUAAAAAUGUGAAAUUUAGUUAUCCUACUAGACCAGAUCAUGUUAUUUUAAAAAAUUUUAACUUGCACAUUCCUGCUGGAAAAACAGUAGCUAUUGUUGGUUCUAGUGGUAAUGGAAAAUCAACUAUAGCUGCUUUAUUAGAAAGAUUUUAUGAUGUUAAUGAUGGUUCAAUUAUAAUUGAUGAUAAAGAUUUGAAAUCACUCAAUGCUAAUUAUCUUCGAGGUAAUGUUUUGGGAUAUAUAGAUCAAGAACCUAUUUUAUUUGCUACUAGCAUUAUGGAAAAUAUACGAUACGGAAAACCAGAUGCUACAAAUGAAGAUAUUAUUGAAGCUGCUAAAGAAGCGAAUGCUCAUGAAUUUAUUAUGAAAUUCCCAAAUAAAUAUAAUACACAAGUAGGUGAAAGAGGUGCACAACUUUCCGGUGGUCAAAAGCAACGUAUCGCAAUUGCAAGAGCUUUAUUAAAAAGACCAUCUAUUUUAAUUUUGGACGAAGCAACAAGUGCGUUAGAUUAUGAAAGUGAAAGAAUUGUACAAAAAGCAUUAGAUAAUGUUAGUCAAGGAAGAACAGUUUUAAUAAUUGCUCAUAGAUUAAGUACAAUUAAAAAUGCUGACAUUAUUGUUGUACUACAACGGGGAAUAAUUGCGGAAAUGGGUACUCAUACAGAACUUAUUAAAAAGAAAGGUUUAUAUUACACUUUAAUAAAUGAACAAGACAGAGAAAAUACAUCAAAUUCAUUGAAUUCUACUGUUGCUGGUGUACUAUGUGGCAUUUCAAUUUUUUUAGGUUCUCCAAUAUUAAGAAUUUCUGAAGAUGGAUCAUUAGAAUUUACACCUAAUUCUGUAUAUCCUUUUACAUCAGGAUUUACACAAAUUAUUGGGUGUAUAGUUUCUGUAAUAGGGAUUUCACCACAACUGGCUGCGGCUACAGUGUUAUCAUUGCCUACCAUAAUUCUUAUUGGUACAAUGCUUGGAAAAGGCUUAAAAAAAUUAUCUAUGGAAGCACAAAAUCAACUUGCUAAAUCUACACAUGUUUGUGAGGAGGCCAUACAAAAUAUUAGAACGGUAAAAGCAUUUGCAGCUGAAGAAAAAGAAAUAGAAAUGUUUUGUAAGGAAACUAUAUUAGGAUCAACAUUAUUUGAAAAAUUAGGUUUAGGAAUUGGUUUAUUUCAAGGAGGAACAAAUCUGUUUCUUAAUGGUAUUUUACUUUGUACUUUAUAUUUCGGUGGACAUUUAUUAUCCACUGGACAAUUAUCUCCAGGAGAUUUAAUGGCAUUUUUAAUGGCUACACAGACUAUACAAAAAUCUUUAUCGCAAUUAUCGUUGUUAUUUGGAGCAUAUGUUAAAGGUAUUAGUGCUGGUGCUAGAAUUUUUGAGUAUCUAGAAAUGUCACCUUCACCAAUGAUAGUUAGUGGAGAAAUUAUUACAAAUCAAUCAUUAGCGGGAAAUAUUACUUUUAAAAAUGUGAAAUUUAGUUAUCCUACUAGACCAGAUCAUGUUAUUUUAAAAAAUUUUAACUUGCACAUUCCUGCUGGAAAAACAGUAGCUAUUGUUGGUUCUAGUGGUAAUGGAAAAUCAACUAUAGCUGCUUUAUUAGAAAGAUUUUAUGAUGUUAAUGAUGGUUCAAUUAUAAUUGAUGAUAAAGAUUUGAAAUCACUCAAUGCUAAUUAUCUUCGAGGUAAUGUUUUGGGAUAUAUAGAUCAAGAACCUAUUUUAUUUGCUACUAGCAUUAUGGAAAAUAUACGAUACGGAAAACCAGAUGCUACAAAUGAAGAUAUUAUUGAAGCUGCUAAAGAAGCGAAUGCUCAUGAAUUUAUUAUGAAAUUCCCAAAUAAAUAUAAUACACAAGUAGGUGAAAGAGGUGCACAACUUUCCGGUGGUCAAAAGCAACGUAUCGCAAUUGCAAGAGCUUUAUUAAAAAGACCAUCUAUUUUAAUUUUGGACGAAGCAACAAGUGCGUUAGAUUAUGAAAGUGAAAGAAUUGUACAAAAAGCAUUAGAUAAUGUUAGUCAAGGAAGAACAGUUUUAAUAAUUGCUCAUAGAUUAAGUACAAUUAAAAAUGCUGACAUUAUUGUUGUACUACAACGGGGAAUAAUUGCGGAAAUGGGUACUCAUACAGAACUUAUUAAAAAGAAAGGUUUAUAUUACACUUUAAUAAAUGAACAAGACAGAGAAAAUACAUGAUAAUGUUAGAAUUCUGAAAUAUAGUACAAUUUUUUUGUGGUAUAAUUAUUUAUUUUAAAAUAGUAAUAAUAUCUAGGAAUGUUCAAUAAAUUCUACCUCAGAUUUUAAUUUAUAUAUACAUAUCUAUAAUAAAUAUAUAUAAUAUAUUCACAUAUUUUAAAAUAUAAU